AUGACGCAUUAAUAGAGGAAAUAAAUUUACGUGUUUUGGUUAUCAAAGUAUAAAUAUCUUUUAUCAUUAUAAAUGUCUGUCACACUUGGUAUUAAUGGAUUCGGAAGAAUCGGUAGAUUAGUCUUGAGAGCCGCUAUUGAGAACAACAAACCAGUGACCGUAAAAGCUAUCAAUGACCCAUUCAUGGAUCUAGAUUACUUGGUCUAUAAUCUUAAAUAUGACUCUGCUCAUUUGAGAUCCCCAUUCACAGUUGAGAAAUACGAUUAAGGAAUCGUCGUCAACGGAUAAAAAAUCAGAGUAUUCGCUCAAAAAGACCCAAGCUAAAUUCCAUGGGGAGAAGCAGGAGUUAACACAGUUUGUGAAUCAACAGGUGCAUUCUUGACUGACGAAAAGGCAGGAUUCCACUUGAAGGGAGGAGCCAAGAAAGUCAUUAUGUCUGCUCCAUCAAAGGACAAGGGCACACCAACUUUUGUCUAUGGAGUUAACCAUGAAAAUUAUAAGGCUGACUCACACAUUGUUUCAAAUGCUUCAUGCACAACCAACUGUUUGGCUCCAUUGGCCAAAGUUAUCAAUGAUAAUUUUGGUAUUGUUGAGGGUCUUAUGACAACAGUUCAUGCCUCCACAGCUACUUAAUUGGUCGUUGAUGGACCAGCCAAAGGUGGAAAAGACUGGAGAGCCGGUAGAGCUGCCGCUGCCAACAUCAUCCCAUCAUCCACAGGAGCUGCCAAAGCUGUAGGAUUAGUCAUCCCAGAAAUCAAAGGAAAAUUGACCGGUAUGGCCUUCAGAGUUCCAACCAUCAAUGUUUCAGUUGUUGAUUUGACAGUCAGAAUUCAAAAAGAAGCAACCUAUGAUGAAGUUAUGGAAGCACUCUCAAAGGCUUCAUAAGCAGGACCAUUGAAGGGAAUCUUGGGAUUCACAAGUGAUUAAGUCGUCUCAUAAGAUUUCCUCCAUGACGCUAGAUCAUCAAUCGUUGAUUCCAAAGCCGGUAUUGGAUUGACAAAGAACUUCCACAAAUUAGUCUCAUGGUAUGAUAACGAAUGGGGAUACUCCAACAGAGUUUUGGACUUAGCUGUUCAUAUUGCCAAAGUUAGCAAAUUAUGAAAAGAUGAGUUAAUCAUAAAUAACAGUAUAAAAUUAUUUUGUUAAAAAAAUUCUUUAUUCCUAAGUAAAAUAUCAA